AUGGGUUACACUCGUGAUAGAUAUCAGAUUGUUGUGUCCCUCGGGGACACAGGCGAGGAUGUCGAGGCUCGACCUGACUCGACGCACCGCCGACAGCCCCGGUCUCCCACGGGGCAUGGCAAGAGCCGGAGUCAAUUUAGAGACAACCUCAGCCGACUCGAAUUUGAUUGCAUUGACCUACGUCCCUUGGAGGCACACGAGGAUGCUAUCGACCUGAAACAUGUCCAGACUUGGAAUUUUCUCACACCGGAUGGGUCCAAGCUGAGAAAGGGACGCGUCAAUUCGCUAUUCUGCCUCACGGAGGAGCAUGACCCGGCGACGGAAUUUGGCGUCAGAUACGUCAGACAGAUCGGCAGUGAUACAUCUAGCCCACGGUCUUUUGAGAUUGCGGACGGAUGGCUGGCAACUUGUCUUUCCGCGGGAAACCCCCCGGAAUUUGACGAUUGGAGGCCGCCUAUUGCCUUCGGUCUUGACCCCGAGCUAUACCGUGGUCACGAGGCCGGAGGCUCCAAGGUGGUCGCAUCCGAUAAUGAAGCUGCGUCUAUGGUCACAAUUAUCCGUAUGCAGCUUUGA